CAAAAAAAAAAAAGGAAAGAAAGAGAAAGAGAGAAAAAUAAGUUUCUAAAGUUCGUUUGUUACCAAAUUAAGCAAAGAAAAAACAUUGAAUGUUUAGUUGAUUUGUUACCAAUUUCGAUUUUUAUUGGGGAAUAAAUUUCAUAGUUUGUUUUGUGGGGGUAUUUAGCUAAUUUCUGGUGAAGAGAUUUGUGUUUUUGAUCGUGGUAAAUUAUCAAAAUUAUGGCGGGUUCGCAGGAUAAGCUUGAUAAGAUGCAACUCCGGCAAAGUUACCGGAAUUUAUGGCACUCCGAUCUCAUGAGCACCGUCUCGGCCGAUACUCCUUAUUGUUUCUUCUCGUGUUUGUGUGGACCUUGCGUUUCAUACUUACUUCGGAAAAGAGCACUUUACAAUGACAUGUCAAGGUACACUUGUUGUGGUGGUUACAUGCCUUGUAGUGGUAAGUGUGGAGAAAGCAAAUGCCCGCAAUUUUGUCUUGCCACUGAGGUGUGUCUCUGUUUCGGGAAUUCUGUGGCAUCUACUCGUUUUAUGCUGCAAGAUGAAUUCAACAUCCAUACAACAAAAUGCGACAAUUGCAUAAUUGGAUUUAUGUUCUGCCUCAACCAAAUCGCUUGCAUUUUCUCUCUUGUCGCUUGCAUUGUAGGAAGUGAUGAACUCUCUGAAGCUUCUCAGCUUCUUUCUUGUUUGGCGGAUAUGGUCUAUUGCACGGUUUGUGCGUGUAUGCAGACACAACACAAGAUUGAGAUGGACAAAAGAGAUGGUGUGAUUAGUCCUCAGCCAAUGUCAGUGCCACCGGCUCAGCAAAUGUCUCGCAUUGAUCAACCAGUCCCUCCCUAUGCCGGUUACCCUCCAGCUACUGGCUAUCCCCAGCAUUACUAUCCACAGACUGGCCAUGGUUACCCUCCUGCUCCAGGCUAUCCACCUCCCGGUUACGGUUACCCUCCUGCACCGGGAUAUCCGCCAGCUCCGGGAUACCCACCAGCACCUGGAUAUCACUCAAAGUAAGAACUUUAACCGAUAUCUCAAUCUUCCGAUCAAAGUUGUGAUUACUUUGCAAGUAUAUUAUCCGAUUUGUUGUCUCAUCGAUUUUCUGUUUUUUUUUUCUUUCUCUUAGAUCUAUUGAACCAUUAACUCUAGAAAACCAUAUAUAUUAGUUGUGGACUUGGUUUAUGAUAUCUAUAUGUUUAAAUUUAUACGUUCCAGUAAUAUUUUUCUCUAAUUCCAAAGAUUUGUCGGUCUACCGAACCGGUUAAGGUA